AUGGAGCUGCCUUCGAUCAACAGCACCACGAGUAUUUCCGACAAUCAGGAGUUGAGGAACUACUACGAUAAGUUGCUGUUCAAGAACAACAGUGGCAACUCGCUAGCGGAUUUGCCCGGAAAGCUGACAGACUUCAACGACAAGAGUGCUGCCGCUGCCCACCCACGCUCCCGAGUGGACUUCAUUAACGGGUACAUCGGCCCCAGGGAGGACAAGCAGUCUCUGUUGGGACAGAAAAACACCAAGAGAGCGUCCUUUAGCGCCUUCACGGGCGAUGACGGGAAACAGCACGAGAGGAUUUCUAGCAGGAAUGGGCCCAACCUGUCCCUUUUCUCGUUUGAGUUCAACGGCUCCCCGGCACAGGAGAGGAAUACGUACAAGCAGGACCACUUGAACGUGGUAAACGCCUCGCCCAACAAUUUGGUCUCUCCCUUAAACGAUAACGCUCAAAAGUACUACCCGCAUCAGCAGACGCAGCAGCUGCAGCUGCAGCAGCAGAGCAUUUUCGACCCGGGAAGAAGAUCCUCCUACAUUGCCGAUACAUUGAUUCAUGGUAACGCCGCCGCCGUUCAGCAACCGCAAUAUACGCGGCCCGUAUACAGCCACAACAAUCCGUCAUUGCAAGUGCCAUACACUGCUCCCUCCGAGUAUGCGCAGCGCCAACCGUAUUCAUCAUCUUUCAAUGCUCGGCGCAACACCCAGCCUGUGGUCAAUAUGCAUCCGCCACCAGCCAACUCCAAUGACACCGGGCUGACGGUCGUUGAUGGUAAGAACUUGACGUCGUCGAGGGAACUGCAUGACUUGUAUCUUGAUUGCGGGUCCAAUUAUUUUGCUAGUGAAAAAGUCUACGGAUUCAUCGACGCCAUCAAGGAAACCUUGCAGAGCAAUGGUGCCUCCGCCGCCGAUUCCAGAAUUAUAGAGUUUUUGAAUUUUUUGAAAAAUUGUAAUUUAAACUACAACCCUCAGUCGGAUGCGUUCACCUCCAACGACGCUUCCAACAAUUCGUCUGGGGCCAAGGCCAGCAACAGCACUUCAAUGCAUUUACACUAUAAACCUUUAGUGCUGGUUUCAUUGAAAAACGGGAAGCUCGAACUACUUUCCAAACCACAAACCGCCACGCUUGUCCUGAAAAGAGGCGACUUGGUCAUUAUUGAUGGAGACCGUGGUAAAGAUCUGGUUCUAGUGGUGGAACCGGUCGUGGAUGUUAACUUGGCUCUAUUCGUCAAUUUCUUGAAGAAAAAAAUACAUUUCGAUUCCCUUAUCACGAGCAACUCGCAACACUUCCCUAACGACCAAUUCGUAAAGACCCUGAUCGACACGACCAAUGGUAAACCUGUUCCUCGCGAACUGGACCCGAAACUGUACGACAUCAUCGAACUAACACAGUUGAUCAUCCCAUCAAAACAGGUUUUGAGAUUUGCGACCCCGUGGGAAUCCUCCACAAAUUUGCACAACAAGUUCCAAGAUGAGUUGAAGGCGCUCCAUAUUGCUCAGUUGAAACUGAGAUCGCUGAACAAUAACAACUCAAGCGGCGGAUUGAAUAUCAAAAUCUUAAACGCGGAGUUCCAAUUCGAUAGGAAAAAAUUGACGUUUUAUUAUAUUUGCCAGGAGCGGAAUGAUUUCAGAGACCUGAUCAAAGAACUGUUCAAAUUUUACAAGACAAGAAUUUGGCUUUGUGCUAUACCGAACAACUUGUCUAUUGAUUCCAAGUUUUACGACUCUAACAAGUUCGAGUGGGAGAUGUAUCAGGAUAUGAUGUCCCACUACUCCAUGGACAACGCGGGGAUUGUCGUGGCGCCUGAAUUGAACCGCUUGAAACUAGACGAUUUCCAAAUUGGCGUCUACAUGGAGUUGGUAAAGGCUUUGUUUGGCUGA